CGGGGGCCCGGCGGCGAGCACACGCGUGGCGGCUGCCCCGGUCUCGGCGGCCCCAUGGAGGAGAGCGAACCGCUGCUGUCCGGGGCUCGCAACCCCCGCGGCUCGGGCUCGGGUCCCCCGGAUGGGGCGCUAGGGGGCCGCGGCCCCGGCCCAGCGCGCUCCUAUGGCGCCGGGGCUGAACCAGGUGCCGACGCCCACCGGGAGCUCUGCAUCAGCCAGGCGGCCGUGUUCAUCGAGGACGCCAUCCAGUACCGCUCCAUCUAUCACCGCAUGGACUCCAUGUCGCUGGCGCUCUACCGAUGGCACUACUCACGCAUCUGCCAGGGGAUUUUGAGUUUCACCAUUUUCCUGAUCCUGUCUCUGGCCUUCAUCGAGAUCCCUUCUUCCCUCACGGUCACCUCAGAUGUCCGCUACCGCCAGGCCCCCUGGGAGCCUCCGUGCGGCCUGACCGAGAGCAUCGAGGCCCUCUGCUUCCUGGUCUUCAUAGUGGACGUGUCCAUGAAGAGCUACCUGAUUGGAUGGAAAGAAUUUCUGAAAAACCCGUGGCUGCUGGCUUACAUCGUGGUCCUGGUGGUGUCUGUGGCUGACUGGACUGUGUCCUUGAGCUUUGUCUGUCAGGAGAAGCUGCGAAUCCGCCGGGCUCUGCGGCCCUUCUUCCUCCUCCAGAACUCUUCCAUGAUGAAGAAGACCCUGAAAUGCAUCAAACGGACGCUGCCCGAGAUGGCCAGCGUGGCGCUGCUGCUGGUCGUGCACCUGUGCCUCUUCACCAUGCUGGGGAUGCUGCUGUUUAUGCGGGAAAAGGAUGUCCAGAAGGACCAGGAGCGGCGGCUCUAUUUCCGGAACCUUCCCGAGUCCCUGACUUCCCUCCUGGUGCUCCUGACCACGGCCAACAACCCUGAUGUGAUGAUCCCGGCCUACUCCAAGCACCGAGCCUACUCCGUCUUCUUCAUCGUCUUCACUGUGAUAGGAAGCUUGUUUCUGAUGAACUUACUGACCGCCAUCAUCUACAACCAGUUCAGGGGUUACCUCAUGGAAGCCAUCCAGUCCUCGCUCUUCAGGAGGCGACUGGGGAUCAGAGCCGCCUUCCAAGUCCUGUGCUCCCUGGAAGGGGCAGAAAUCCACCCCCUGGUAGUCGGGGUUAAGCCAGAAACGUUCCUCCAGAUGAUCCAGAAAGUGAACAUGAAGCUUUACCGCAAGGAAGCCAUCGUCCAGGCUGUCGGGGCCCAGGCCGGGGGGCUGCUGUCGGCCGACCAGUUCCAGGACGUCUUCAACGAGCUGGACAAAGACACGGUUAAGGAGCAUCCCCCUCGGCCCGAGUACCGCUCCGCCCUCCUGCGGCGCGCGCAGUCCGUCUUCGGCCAUCGCUACUUCGACUACCUGGGGAACUUGGUCGCCCUUGGAAACAUCGCGUCCAUCUGUAUGUUCCUGGUGGUCAACGCGGACAAGCUGCCCAGCGAGCGGGAUGACUUCGUUCUGGGGGUGCUGAAUUGCUUCUUCAUUCUCUACUACGUGCUGGAGAUGCUGCUCAAGGUGUUUGCCCUGGGCCCGAGGGGCUACGGCGCCUUCUUCAGCAACAUCUUUGACGGGUUUCUCACCGUGAUCCUGCUGGUCCUGGAGAUCUCCACUCUGGCCGUGUACGGCUUUCCCCACCCGGGCUGGAAGCCGGAGAUGCUGGGCCUCCUGUCUCUGUGGGACAUGGCCAGGCUGGUCAACAUGUUCAUCGUGUUUCGGUUCCUAAGGAUCAUCCCCAACAUGAAGCUGAUGUCCUUGGUGGCCGGGACGCUCCUGGACCUGGUCAGAAACAUGAGAGCCUUUGCGGGGAUCCUGGUGGUGGUUUACUACGGCUUCGCCAUCGUCGGGAUCGGCCUGUUCCAAGGCACUCUCGGGUCCCCUCCCGGAAACCACAGCCUGGUCUACGCCAACAGCACGGCCAACGGCUCGGCGCCCUGCGGGACCUUCGAGCAGCUGGAGUACUGGUCCAAUAACUUUGAUGACUUCGCGGCCGCCCUGGUGACUCUCUGGAACGUGAUGGUCGUCAACAACUGGCAGGUCUUCCUGGACGCCUACACGCGCUACUCCAGCCCGUGGUCAAAGCUCUACUUCGUGGCCUGGUGGCUGGUGUCCUCCGUGGUCUGGAUGAACCUCUUCGUGGCUGUGAUUCUGGAGAACUUCAUUCACAAGUGGGACCGCCGAGGCCAGCAGCAGCCCGUCCCCGGGGUGUGCCAGGCUCCCUACCAGAUGACGGUGGAGCUCAUGUUCAGGGAUGUCCUGGAGGAACCGACGGAAGAAGAGCUGGUGGAGAAGCUGACGCAGCAUCCUCACCUCCACCUCUGCAGGUGACAGAGGUGGCCCCUGCCCGCGGCCUCCCCCGCCCCGGAGGGACGGCACGGCCUCGGGUAUCGUCUUGUGGGGUCCUCGCCGGGAAAAGGGGGACGGGCUCCCCGCCCUGGAAUUGUUUCCAUUCCGCAACCCACUGGCGCCCAUCUGUGUGGAGGGAGGAGCGGCUGCCCCUCGGGGAGGACAUCCUGCGGGGAGGACGGCUCUGGACACCUGCAGGAGGCCUCUCCCCUCCACCGCCGGCAGAACAACCCUGUCAUUUUUCACCUGCGAGCCCUUAGGAGCAUGAGGGGCCGUGCUCGGGAGGAGUGUGAGACCCCUGGUGGGGGUCGGAGCCGGAGCGCGGCUGAUCUCCGACUGUGCCUUGGGAGGCUCUGGGGGGUCCUGGGCAUCUCACCUGCAGAAGAACCAGCUUUAUUUUUUAGCCUGAAUGACGACGCCAGCCGUGCUGUGCCUACUUUAAGUGACUGGGGACUGCAGGGAGGGGGGCAGUCAGGGGUCCCCAGGGCGGGUCUCUCCCGGGUCGCGGCCCCCACGCCUGAUAGUCCCCUCGGCCUUUGUGGGCGGCUCCUGCCUUGGAUGGCAGCGGGGUCAGCGGGGUCAUGCCCGGGGAGACUGGUCUCUGCCCUCAUCCCCUCUGCACCCGCUCCCCAUCUCUAAUACGCAUUAAUUGAGGUCGGGUCUGUGGCAGGAGGAGGCCGCAUGUCUCUGUUACACUUCUGGGCGUGGCGCUGCAGGCCCCCUCCCUCAUCCUCCCUGAUCUCUUAGAAAUGGCGCCCGGACGUGGGGGUAGCCCUUGUGCCCCAGCUCCUGGGCCGGGGGGACGGAGCUCAGAGGCACGCUGGGGGGCCCGAGGGGCUCGAAUGCAGAUUGUCCUGCGUCCUCCCAGAACCUGGGCACCGACGUAAGGGAGGUCAGCCAGUGCUUGCCGGGCGGCCCUCGCGGGGCUUUCUCCGCCUUCCUCUCCUCCCCCCGGCGCGUCCCGUGCUCCUUCCUUCGGCAGCGCCAUUGCACCGUGAGCGCUCGGGAUGGGCCAGAGCCUUGGUCACAGAGAAGGAUGCAACCAUUGAGUUCCACUGUAUGCACCGUUCCGCAUCCACAGUCCAUCGCCUCUCCAGGUGCAAGAAGCGGAUGAAUUUAAGUGCUUCUAGUGUCCAAGUGGCUUAGCUUCUCUUCCUCCCCAACCCUAGAACCCGCCUUGUUUGGUGCCCCCUGCGAGGAGGGGGGGGAGGGAAGUCAUCCCUGUCCCUUUGGAUGGGGGUCAUCUUUCUGCAAUAGGUGGGGGGUGCUCCCCCCCAACUGCUCCCUCAGGGACAGAGACGGGACAAAGAUUUUUUAAAAAAGAUAAAAAGAGUCAGCAAUCAUUGCAAAUACUAAUCAACCUGGCCUGGGCCACGGCUCCCACCUAGAACCCCAAAGUUGGGCUGCUUCCAUUUUAAUUAAAGGGGAAAAACAAUACAAAUGUGUCAACAAA